UUCAAAUUUCUUUUUGUCAAAAAGGCAUCGCUGUCAAAUAAUAUUUUAAAUAAAUAGUAUUUUGAUGUUUUUAAGCAGUUUACUGAAUUUCACAGGGCUGUCUUCGUUCAAUACCUUUGCGUUCUGCAAUUACUACCAAGUAUGCACACUUACGACCACUCUCAGCUAUCGUGCCUCAAACAAAUAUGGAGAACUUACCGUCACCUGCAAUAGAACUAGAUAAAUUAUUCAAACGAGUUGAGUUGGAAAUGAGAGGUAUUGACCCGGCAGUGUUGCUUAGUUACUCAUGGUUCUGUGUUGCGGCUGCAUCUCACUUAGGCAUUGAAGUGACGAAAAAUUGGGCAUUAAGAAAAGCUGAAAAGGAAAGACACACUCUACUCAGAUGUGUCCAUAUUUACAAGAAGCAUAAAGUCCAGUAUGAAAUACGUACAUACUUCAGAUUUAUACACUUACAGAGGCUCACAGGAUCAACAUGUGACACAUAUCUAGAAUAUAUUGAAAGAAAUCUUCCAGAGGGUUGUGCUCUCAAAGUUACCAAAGUGGAAUGUGUCAAGAUGCCAGAUUACAUUACUACUUCAGGGAAAGAUAUUUAAAAAGAGAUUUGUAAUAUUUAAUAGAAUAAUUGCAGUAGAAAUAAAAAAAUAUUAUAAUAAAAUCUUUUAUUCUCACUUUACUUUUAA